AUGUCUUACCUUUGUCUAGGCCCAAUCAGCGCGGGAAAAACGCUUCUACUCACCUGUCUUCAAAAUCAGGACUCGGUCACUUUUACGUCUCACUCCGUUCCAAGUGUGGGAACCAAUUUAUUCACUAUCAGAAUUCCACCAAUGGUGAUCGACGAAAAGGAAGUGAAUGCAAAACCAUCACCUCGUAAGCGAGAUGUCGUUCAGGUUCGGGAAGUAGGAGGCUGCCUAGCUCCCAUAUGGAGGGACUAUCUGAAUAAACCAGUUGAUCGGGUCAUUUAUGUCGUGGACACUUCAAAUCUUUGUCAAAUUUCUGCUGCAGGCGUUCUUCUAUAUUCGAUGUUAGCUGAACCCAGAUUACAGAAAACGAAAUUCUUACUAGUGCUUUCUAAAAUGGAUUUAGCCUACCGCCAAAUGAGAAACGAGGCAUUGUUGAUGCUGCAAAUGGAAAAAUUCAAGAAACAAAUUCCGCAAGAUAUUACCAUCGUGGAGUUUAGUGCGAUUAACAAGGAGGGUAUUGAUGCUAUCUACGAUUGGUUGGGUGCAUUGUAA